UAUUUUGAAAGACUCACUCGGAUACUGAUUUGUUGUUUUUAUUCAUAGAUCAGAAGGAAGACAAUCAAAUGUAAAGCUAUUGCAUUUGGUUGGUUUGCUGAAAUUAACAGUAGGAGUUUGUGGUCAUUUAACUGUUAUUUCUCGGCCUGGUCAGCUCAGAGAUGAGCGUCACUCUGGAUAUUAAGCUAAAAAGAGCCAACAAAGUGUAUCAUGAGGGGGAAACUGUUGCUGGUGUCAUCACGCUGUCAUGCAAAGAGGCGAUGCAGCACCACGGCAUAUCUCUCAGCAUGGAGGGAAUCGUCAACCUCCAGCUCAGCUCCAAGAGUGUCGGCGUCUUCGAGGCCUUCUACAACUCUGUCAAGCCAAUCCAGCUGAUCAGCAACAACAUCGAGGUGGCCAAGGCAGGGAAAAUCCCCGGAGGGAAGACGGAGAUCCCGUUUGAGUUUCCUCUGAACACGAAAGGCAACAAAGUGCUGUAUGAGACCUACCAUGGAGUCUUUGUUAAUAUUCAGUACACCCUCCGCUGUGACCUGAAGCGCUCCCUGCUGGCCAAAGACCUGAGCAGGAACUGUGAGUUCAUGGUGCACUGUCAGCCACAGAAGGCAAAAGUUGUCCCUACGCCGGUCAAAUUCUCCAUCACUCCCGAAUCUCUGCAGAACACCCGUGAGAAGAGUCUGCUGCCAAGAUUUCUAAUCAGGGGACAUUUAGAUGCCACCAGCUGUGUGAUCAGUCAGCCCCUGACUGGUGAGGUGGUGGUGGAGAAGUCAGAGGUCCCAGUCAAGAGCAUCGAACUGCAGCUUGUUCGAGUGGAAACCUGCGGCUGCGCCGAAGGAUACGCCCGAGACGCCACAGAGAUCCAGAACAUCCAGAUAGCAGAAGGAGACGUCUGCCACGGCCUCCCGAUCCCCAUCUACAUGGUCUUCCCCCGGCUGUUCACCUGCCCCACGCUGGAGACCACCAACUUCAAAGUGGAGUUUGAAAUCAACAUCGUCAUCGUCCUUCAUGAUGAUCACCUGAUCACAGAGAACUUCCCUCUGAAGCUCUGCAGAGUCUGAACGUCUCUAACUUCCAGCGAAAACACAAAAGGGCCACCAUGUAAAUACGAAAGUCCUCCGAAGCUUUUAGGUGUAAUUGAUCAUUUUACACGUGAGAAUGCAAUGAACAAUGGACAGUUUAAAAAAGCCAGCUGUGCUCAUCUGCUGAAUGUAUGAAUACAUGUGAAGUUUCAGGAAGAUAAAGAAAUGCAAACAGUGAAUGAAAGCCGUGAAAUAAAGUAUGUGAUAGAUUUCA